CGCCCCCUGCCUCCCCAGUCGCGCCGGUGGCUGGACGGGAGCGGAGGGGAGCGGGUCCAUCCGCGCUGCCAGCCCGCCCCGUCCCGUCCUGAGCCGGCCCGAGGGGCAGCGCUGGCGGGGAGCCGCCGCCCCAUGCGCUGAGCGGCGGCGGGAUGGGGCCGCGGGGCACGGGCGGCUGGGCCGGCCGCGCCGGGGCGCCGGCUCCCGGUCGGACGUGCCUCCUGCCGCUGCUGCUGUGCGCCGCGCUCCGGAGCCUGCGGGCCAGCCCCGGCAGCGAGGUGAAUUUACUGGACUCACGUACAGUAAUGGGGGAUCUAGGAUGGAUUGCCUACCCAAAAAAUGGGUGGGAAGAAAUUGGUGAGGUGGAUGAAAACUACGCUCCGAUACACACAUACCAAGUAUGCAAGGUAAUGGAACAGAAUCAGAACAACUGGCUUCUGACCAGCUGGAUCUCCAAUGAGGGGGCAUCCCGCAUCUUCAUUGAGCUCAAAUUCACCCUGAGGGACUGUAACAGCCUUCCAGGAGGACUUGGGACCUGCAAGGAGACUUUCAACAUGUACUACUUUGAGUCCGAUGAUGAAGACGGGAGGAACAUCAAAGAAAACCAGUACAUCAAGAUUGAUACCAUUGCUGCUGAUGAGAGCUUCACAGAGUUAGACCUUGGCGACAGAGUGAUGAAGCUCAACACGGAGGUGAGAGACGUGGGGCCCCUGACAAAGAAGGGAUUUUACCUGGCUUUCCAGGACGUGGGUGCCUGCAUCGCCCUGGUCUCCGUGCGCGUGUACUACAAGAAGUGCCCGUCGGUGAUCCGCAACCUGGCCCGCUUCCCCGACACCAUCACGGGUGCGGAUUCCUCGCAGCUUCUGGAGGUGUCGGGCGUCUGCAUCAACCACUCGGUGACUGAGGAGGCACCCAAGAUGCACUGCAGUGCGGAGGGGGAAUGGCUGGUGCCCAUCGGGAAGUGCUUGUGCAAGGCAGGCUAUGAGGAGAAGAACAACACCUGCCAAGUAUGCAGACCUGGGUUCUUCAAAGCUUCACCCCACAGUCCAUCCUGCAGCAAAUGUCCCCCUCACAGCUACACACUUGAUGAAGCAUCCACAUCUUGCCUGUGUGAAGAACACUAUUUUAGGAAGGAAUCAGACCCACCUACAAUGGCCUGUACAAGACCCCCCUCUGCUCCUCGGAGUGCCAUCUCAAAUGUUAACGAGACUAGUGUCUUUCUGGAAUGGAUUCCCCCUGCUGAUACUGGUGGAAGGAAAGAUGUGUCUUAUUAUAUUGCAUGCAAGAAGUGCAGCUCACACUCGGGUCUGUGUGAGGCGUGUGGCGGUCAUGUCAGGUACCUCCCCCAGCAAACCGGCCUGAAAAACACCUCUGUCAUGAUGGUGGAUCUGCUUGCUCACACAAACUAUACCUUUGAAAUUGAGGCAGUGAAUGGAGUGUCCGACCAGAGCCCCGGAGCCCGGCAGUUUGUGUCUGUAAAUGUAACCACAAACCAGGCAGCACCUUCUCCAGUCAGUACUGUGAAAAAAGGGAAGAUAACUAAAAAUAGCAUCUCCCUUUCCUGGCAGGAGCCAGAUCGACCCAAUGGCAUCAUCCUGGAAUACGAAAUCAAAUAUUUUGAAAAGGACCAGGAGACGAGCUACACCAUCAUCAAGUCCAAAGAGACGACGAUUACGGCGGAUGGCUUGAAGCCAGGCUCGGCGUACGUCUUCCAGAUCCGAGCCCGCACGGCUGCCGGCUACGGGGGCUUCAGCCGCAGGUUCGAGUUCGAAACCAGCCCAGUGUCAGUAGCUGCAUCCAGCGACCAGAGCCAGAUUCCUAUAAUUGUUGUGUCUGUAACAGUGGGAGUCAUUCUGCUGGCUGUUGUUAUCGGUUUCCUUCUCAGCGGAAGUUGCUGCGAUCAUGGCUGUGGGUGGGCUUCUUCUCUGCGUGCUGUUGCCUAUCCGAGCCUAACAUGGCGAUGUGGCUAUAGCAAGGCUAAGCAAGAUCCAGAAGAAGAAAAGAUGCAUUUUCAUAAUGGCCACAUUAAGCUGCCUGGAGUGAGGACCUAUGUGGACCCCCACACCUACGAGGACCCUAAUCAAGCUGUCCACGAGUUUGCUAAGGAAAUUGAAGCUUCAUGCAUAACCAUUGAAAGAGUUAUCGGAGCUGGUGAAUUUGGGGAAGUCUGCAGUGGGAGGCUGAAGCUGCAGGGAAAGCGUGAGUUUCCAGUGGCUAUCAAAACCCUGAAGGUGGGUUACACAGAGAAACAGAGAAGAGAUUUCUUGGGAGAAGCAAGCAUCAUGGGGCAGUUUGACCACCCCAACAUCAUCCACCUGGAAGGUGUUGUCACAAAAAGCAAACCAGUAAUGAUAGUGACUGAAUACAUGGAGAAUGGCUCUCUGGAUACAUUUUUAAAGAAGAAUGAUGGGCAGUUCACCGUCAUCCAGCUGGUUGGGAUGCUGCGAGGCAUCGCCUCAGGAAUGAAGUACCUGUCUGACAUGGGUUAUGUGCACAGAGAUCUGGCCGCCAGAAACAUCCUGAUCAACAGCAACUUGGUCUGCAAGGUGUCAGACUUUGGCCUCUCCAGAGUCCUAGAAGAUGACCCUGAAGCAGCGUAUACAACCAGGGGAGGGAAGAUCCCCAUUCGAUGGACAGCGCCUGAAGCGAUCGCCUUCCGCAAAUUCACGUCUGCCAGCGACGUCUGGAGCUACGGCAUUGUGAUGUGGGAGGUGAUGUCCUACGGCGAGCGGCCCUACUGGGAAAUGACAAACCAAGAUGUGAUUAAAGCCGUGGAGGAAGGCUAUCGCCUGCCAAGUCCCAUGGACUGCCCUGCUGCUCUCUACCAACUAAUGCUCGACUGCUGGCAGAAAGACCGCAACAGCAGGCCCAAGUUUGACGAAAUUGUCAGCAUGUUGGACAAGCUCAUCCGUAACCCCAGCAGCCUGAAGACCUUGGUUAAUGCAUCAAGCAGAGUGUCAAAUCUGUUGGUAGAGCACAGUCCAGUCGGGAGUGGUGCCUACAGGUCCGUGGGUGAGUGGCUGGAAGCCAUCAAAAUGGGCCGAUACACAGAGAUCUUCAUGGAGAAUGGAUACAGUUCAAUGGAUGCAGUGGCUCAGGUGACCCUAGAAUGGCUUGCUGAACUAGUUUCACAAUUCAGUGGAGGCAGAAAUGAAAGCAUGUCCCCCUGAGAAGGUAGACACCUUUUGCAGGUGCUGCAGCCUUUUCUGUGCCAGGGAUUUGAGACGUCUGGGAGUGACACUUGUUGGUCACCAGAAGAAGAUAAUGAACAGCCUUCAAGAGAUGAAGGUCCAGUUGGUGAAUGGGAUGGUGCCAUUGUAACACGGUUUUUAAAGUUGCUUCCUCAAGUGGGUCGGUCCUGCACUUUGUACUCUAGCCCUGAGAUUUAUUUUGACUAAAAAAAACCAAGAAAAGAUAAAAAGGGAAAUUCAGUGAUUUCUAUAACUGAAGGACAUUGGCCUCUGCUGCAGCAUUUCUAAAGCAGUGUUUGACUAAAGUUUUGCUUUUCUUCCUAUUUGUGUCCUCAUUUUCAUGAAGUCAAUGUAAGAUGCAUGGAACGUGGAAACGAGUCUGCUGUACAUGAGGUUAACCAGUCUCUUAAGCUUCAGCGGUGAUGACAAGCCUUCCACCACGUGUUGUCUGUACAUGGGAGGUACAUCUAUAUAUAUAGCACCUUUGUAUACUGAAUUACAGCAGCACAUGGUAAUGCUUCAAAGGACUGACUUGAAUGGCAGAUUUUUGUGGCCAUUCAUGGACUGCCAGUAGCUGCAGUUUGCUGAAGUAUAACUUCGAGUCUUACUUGUCUACAGAAGUGUAUUGAAGAGCAAUAUGAUUAGAUUAUUUCUCGAUAGAUAUUUUGUUUUGUAAAUUUAAAGAAAAGAAAAAAUAUGCUGUUACACAGCAUUAAGUUAUAGAGAAGACUAGCAUAUAAACAUGUCGCUUGCUUCAUGGCAAAUACAAUACAGGGUGUAUAUUUUGUUUUCCUCCUUCUGUGUUACCAAGUUUUUUUAUUUGCUCUUUGGGGAGGAUAAUACAUGUUGACAAUGUAUAUACUGUACAGUUUGCUACGCAUCAGGUACAAGAUUUGGGCUCUUUCCUUGGUUUGUUCCUUCUUUCCUCCUUUUACUCAGUCUCCCUUUUGUGUUACCCCUAUGCUUUGUAUUUUUGCUGCAGUUUGGUUUGAUCAAUACAUAAAGCUUUCAGGAGUUUUCAUUAUGUAUAUGAGGUAGAAGGAAGUUGCUUAAAUAAAAUAUGUUACCCCCCUCUUCUUUUACACCAUGGGUUGAGGACAUCCAGAAGAAGAGAAGUAAAACAUCUGGCUCUUGAUGUCCUCCAGCAACAACGUGGCAUUGAUUUUUCUGUGUCCUGGCCAAAGGUGACAUGGGUUGCCUCUGCACAGGUUCUUUAUCCCAGCAUCCAUCACCCAGUGCAGCCAUCACCUCUGUUCCCAGAGCCCAGGAGAGAAAGCAUGAGGUGGUUUUAGCUGGAAGGAAGGAAUUUUGUUGUUCCUUUUCUGAUGAUGUUGGUUAAGUCCUGGGGCACAGUUUGGAAAUGAGCCUGUGGCAUCCAGUGUGGAGAUUUUGUAGUAUUUCCCCCAGAGUGAUGGAGUGGGAUUAUUUUUGGAACUGUACUGUCCCAACCUGCCUCUCAGCAUUCUAGGUUUGCUGUGCACCUGGCCACUUUGUGACAGAGCACAGAGGGGAGGGAAGAGCAGAGUAGCCCAACAUGGUCACAGUGAUGGCAUCCUGAGGGCAAGGAGAUGCCAAUUGUCUGGGCUGGCACAGCUCAGAUCAGGACUUGGUUGUAGUUGGAGUUCAGUGUAUCCAUUAAAGCCCACGGCUGGUAUUUUCAGAGGGACCUGAGGGCAACCCAAUUCCCUGGGAAUCACACCAAGAAAUAUUCCUCCUAUUUUUUUGUAGAUAGGAUUAAACAGCACAGUUAAUUUGGUAGUCAUAGGCUGGGCUUUUAUUUUGUGAAGACUUUGAUAAGGAUUUUAAAACAGCUCAGUGGACUGCGAGGGUUUGUUGUUUCUGUAAAUGUAUUGCUUCCUUAGAGUUUGGAUAGCAUCUUGUGACAUCCUCCCUCAGCAAUAACAUCAAUAUAUAGAGUUGCUUUAGCUCCCUUCAUCCCCAGUGCUGCUGUGAGCCCAAAGAGCUCAAACAGCCAAAAGGAGGCCUGUGUCCUUCAUGUCUUGCAGAAACGGGUGUUGCAAGGCACCUGAAGCCGUUUCAAAGUCUUUCUUUCACUUCCCCCAGCCUUUGGAUGAUAUUUGAUACACAGAAUGUUUUUUUAAAGAAGGGAAGCAUCUAGGAGAAGAGGUUGAGUGGUUUUUUCCUUAGCAGCAGGGUUUCUUCAGGCAAUAUUUUCCUGUCCUGAAAUGGCCCCCUCCGCCUCUGCAACUGCUGAGUUCCUCAGGAAUCAGGAGAAAUAGGAGGGAAAAGAGCCACAGCAAGGUCUAACAAAUCUUGAUAGUGUCAUUUCUCAUCCCGUUGUUUCAUUUUGGCAGCCACCAGACCACAAAAGAGGAAGAGGGUAUCAAGACAUAACAAUUUCGACGCGGAAAAGAGAUUUGUCAUAUAAUAAAUAAGAUUAUUAGAGCUGUCAGCAGAAGAGUCUUGAGAUUAUUUGUGCCUCCCUGUCUGCAACACUUGGGAAAAUACAUGUAGGAAGACAGAAACAGCUCAUUUCAUCAGGAGGAAUCGUUCGUUUGCCUGCAUCCAUUGGUGGCACUGAGAUGCUACGAGCAAAUAUGUAGCACUUUCUGCCCAUCAUCUCCACUCAUUCCUGUCCUGUUGGCUCUGUGGGAGGAGUUUAACUCAGUCAUUUUUUUCCUGGGCUCUUAAAACCAAAAUCCUCUUUUUAUCAUUUGUAUUGCUGGAAUACCUACCAGAUGCUGGAGUAACGUUCAAAAUGACAAACCAGUGGAAAACAAAACUGCUCUUUAGCCAGACUGCAUUUGUAAAUAAUAGGGCACCUCUUCUCGCUUCCAAUAAAUAAAUAAAUAACUUUUUCUAUUUAUUUCAAGACCUGUUCUUGCUACAGAUCUCUGUAUAAUAGACUUUGUCUCGGGGGUAAAAAUAAAAUGUUGUUUUAAUGUGUAGGGUCCAAAGGUUACAGCUUCUAUGUCCAUGAGCAAAUCACAGAGACAAUGGAGGUUUUCAGUUCCCAUCCGAGAACUGCAAGAACUUUGUGUGUUGGGCCAGAUUUUAUGUAUUGGCGUGCAGCAGGACAAGACGACAGCAACAUUUGGCUGGUUAUGUUCUUGCAAAAGGCUGUAGAUGGAUUUCCUGCCCAUGGUAAGUUGGUAAGUCCAAGCACUUUGCUUUUCCAGCUCGCUAUUGCUUCAGCUGAGCCAACGGAUUCCAUUUUUUUCCAGUAUAUUUUGCUGAUAAUUGAGAGGGAGGUAGGGAGGUAUUUCAAAGGAUCCAAAAGGUGGACAGGUUUUUUUUUAUACAGUUUUUCAUUUUGGGAGAAAGAAGUGUCACCGAGAAUGGCUUGUAUAGACUGAUGCCCUUUCAUUGUGUAGCUACCACUUGGAAAAACUACUUCAGCAUUAAAAAGGAAGACUGAUAUAAAAGGGAGAAAAAUCAGUUGAAAAUGAUAUUUAUUCCUCCUAUACAUUAAGGUGAGAAGAAUAAAAAAUAAAGGUCAAAUUUUUUGUCUA